AUGCCCAAGCCACCAGAAAAGUCGCAACGAUACGAUGGAUGUGAUGGAUGUGGCGGGUUUCGAUUGGCUGUGCGUGCGAGUCGAGGCCAACAGAGCGAAGAACCCAAGGUCCAAGGGGUGCCUCAAAUAAUUGGUGGGGCAUACCGUACCCCCAACACCAAGUGA